AUGUACGGAGUUCCCCAUACGAACAUUCAAACGUUCUUUUACUCACAUAAAACAAGGGUUUAUACAGCAUCUUUUGCUUUCUUCGAAGCCCUCUGGGAGGGCGGCGUGAGCCAUGUCUUUGUCAAUUUGGGAUCAGAUCACCCCUCCAUCCUCGAGGCGAUGGUGAAAGGCCAGAAAGAAAAGAAAGACCAGUUUCCUACGAUCAUCACCUGUCCCAAUGAAAUGGUGGCACUGUCCAUGGCCGACGGCUACGCCCGAUUGACCGGAAAGCCUCAAGCGGUAAUCGUCCAUGUCGAUGUCGGCACGCAGGGACUCGGAGCAGCAGUUCACAACGCCUCAUGCGGGCGCGCCCCGGUCUUGAUCUUUGCCGGUCUAUCGCCUUACACGAUCGAGGGUGAGAUGCGAGGUUCGCGCACGGAAUAUAUCCACUGGAUCCAAGACGUGCCGGAUCAGAAGCAAAUCGUCGCCCAGUACUGUCGGUACACCGGUGAGAUCAAGUCGGGCAAGAAUGUUAAGCAGAUUGUCAAUCGGGCUUUGCAAUUCGCAACUAGUGACCCACAGGGGCCUGUGUACCUCGCUGGGGCACGAGAAGUCAUGGAGGAGGAUAUCGAGCCGUACCAGCUGAACCAGGCUGUGUGGGGUCCUGUGGCACCGGCUGCCCUACCAACGUCCGGCGUUGAAUUGAUCGCAUCUGAGCUUGCAGCUGCGAAGAACCCUCUUAUCAUUACUGGAUAUUCCGGGAGGAAAUCCCAGGCUGUGACUGAGCUGGUCACAUUGGCAGAUAAUUUCAAGGGAAUCCGUGUGUUGGACACUGGUGGUAGCGACAUGUGCUUCCCCGCUAACCACCCCGGGUGGUUGGGAUUGAGAUAUCCAGGGCAUGAGGCGGUGGGAACAUCCGAUUUAAUCCUUGUGGUAGACUGUGAUGUCCCCUGGGUGCCUACCCAGUUCAAGCCGUCUGCAUCGGCCAAGAUUAUCCACAUUGAUGUCGACCCUUUGAAGCAGCAGAUUCCAGUUUUCUACAUUCACUCGAUGGCUGCGUUCCGCGCUGAUGCUUCCACCGCGCUCAAGCAGAUUAACGAUUACGUUGCUUCUCAGGAAUCUCUGCAGCAAUUCAUUGGCUCCAAGGAGAAUACCACUAUGGGCGAACGCCGAGACGAGGAGUAUUCGAAGCGUCGACAAGAUAUCUCCGAUCUGGCUGUGGUCCCGGAGGGCGGCAGUGGAGCCUCCUUGAAUAUCAACUAUCUCAUGGCGCAGGUCCGCCAGGGCGUUCCAAUUGAGACUAUCUGGGCCAUCGAGUCCGUAACCAUGACCCACUUUGUUGCGGAUCAAGUCUCAGCUACCCAACCUAAGUCGUGGAUCAACUGUGGAGGUGGCGGUCUCGGCUGGUCCGGCGGUGGUGCACUUGGUAUCAAGCUUGCCAGUGAUAUGCAGCAUGGAGGACGUGGGAAAGGAAAGUUUGUCUGUCAGGUUGUUGGCGAUGGAACAUUCCUCUUCUCGGUACCUGGAUCUGUGUACUGGAUCGCCCGCCGCUAUGGAAUUCCCGUUUUGACAAUCGUGCUGAACAACAAGGGCUGGAAUGCCCCCCGGCGAAGCAUGCUGCUCGUUCACCCUGAAGGGGACGGCUCUCGUGCUACGAACGAAGACCUCAAUAUCUCAUUUGCGCCAACGCCGGAUUAUGCUGGUAUUGCUAAGGCCGCGGCGGGUGGUGAAAUGUGGGCUGGCCGUGCCUCGACUGUUGCUGAGCUCGCCCAGAAGCUUCCAGAAGCUAUCCACAGUGUUCUGAGUGGAAAGGCAGCGGUGCUGGAAGCGCAGCUUGACGGGACUACGGGCAAAUAUGUGGGGAGCUCGUGA